AUGAAGCACGAGCUAAGCCUCCUCAUCCUCCUUCCACCUCUUCUCUUCCUCGUUGCGAGCAGCUCGCCGCACCUCAUCCACGGCGUCGAGUUCCAGCCGACGGUGGUCGCCGGAUGCAACGGGACGAUAGCGGAGUGCCAUGCGGCGACGACGGAGCUCCUGAUGUACUCGGAGAUCCACCGGCGGUUCCUCCAGACAACGAACACGAUCACGUACCUGGUCUUAAACGCGGAUAAGUUGCCUUGCAGUGCCGUCGGCAAGCCGUAUACGACGAAUUGCAUAAAGCCUCGCUCCCCUAAUCCUCCGAACAGGGGUUGUAAUCCUAUUUACGAGUGUCGUCGACCUCAGAGUUCACCUGUCAGUGCGCUCCAUUGA